GAAGGCGCGGCGCUGGCGGGGCGCUCGCCCGGCCCGCCCGCCCGCCCGGGAAUAAGAGCCAGGAAGCGGCCGGCCGGCGGGCGGGCGGCUAUGGAGGCGGCGGCGGCGGCGGCGGCGGCGCUGCCCUGCCCGGUGUGGUCGGCGGCGUUCUGGCGGCGCCUGUCGGGGCCGGAGGAGCAGCGGGCGCUGGAGCUGGCGAGCUACGUGCUGGCGGGCUGCGUGGCGCUGGCGGCGCUGGCGGGGAGCGGCAUGCGCCUGCCCUACGGGCGCUACUCGGCCGCCUUCAUGGGCGCGGGCUCGCUGCCGGCGCGCCUGGCCUGGCUGCUGCAGGAGGCGCCCUCCUUCCUGCUGCCGUUGCUACUCGUCUGCCGCAGCGAGGGCGCCCAGCUGCACCGCUGGCCCAACCGCAUCCUCCUGGGGCUCUUCCUCGCCCACUACGCCUACAGGUCAUUCAUCUUUCCUUUCUUAAUUCGUGGAGGAAAGCCGACACCGAUCUUUACUUGUGUGUUAGCCUUUGCCUUCUGCAGCCUUAACGGAUACUUGCAAGGCCGGAGUUUGAGUAACUAUGUGGAAUACCCUACAAACUGGCUGAAAGAUCCACGUUUCAUUCUAGGUAUUGCAGGGUGGCUCAGUGGCCUGCUGAUUAAUAUACACUCGGAUCAUAUUUUAAUAAAUCUCAGGAAACCAGGGGAGACAGGGUAUAAAAUACCAACAGGAGGACUCUUUGAAUAUGUGACUGCAGCUAACUUCUUUGGGGAGAUUCUCGAAUGGUCAGGGUUUGCUCUUGCGUGUUGUACUGUGGAAAGUAGAGUUUUUGCCUUCAGCACAUGCCUGGUUUUAACUACCCGUGCACAUCAUCAUCAUCAAUGGUACCUUCAAAAGUUUGAAAACUACCCACGAUGCAGGAAAAUUCUGAUUCCAUUUGUGUACUAAGUUCUUCCUAUCAUUCUCAGCUAAUUUGGAAUACCUUCUCUUUCUUACCAUAGCAGCCAUUCUGACCAAUAAACAUUGGCUAAGUGGAUUCUCCCACAUCAGGGGUCUCCAACCUUUUUAA